CCCAUGGGAUCAGAGCGGACGGAGAUGCGCAAACGGCAGAUGUCUACGACCCAGGAGACCCCAGGUGCUGCACAGGCUCAGCUCAGCACAGGAAAUCGAGGGUCCAAUGCCUGCUGCUUUUGUUGGUGCUGUUGCUGCAGCUGCUCAUGUCUUACUGUUAGAAAUCAAGACGAAGAGAGAGCAAGGAGAACAUCUCAUGAACUCCAAGCAGAGGGUAUUCCAAACUGCGAGGAAAGCCCUGCUCCUACUCUUGAAGAAGUAAAUGCCUGGGCUCAAUCAUUUGACAAGUUGAUGCUUACUCCAGCUGGCAGAAAUGCUUUUCGUGAAUUUCUACGAACGGAAUUCAGCGAGGAAAACAUGCUUUUCUGGAUGGCCUGUGAGGAACUAAAACAAGAAUCCAACAAAAGUAUCAUCGAAGAAAAAGCAAGACUAAUUUAUGAAAAUUAUAUUUCUAUCCUUUCUCCAAAAGAGGUCAGUCUGGACUCCAGAGUAAGAGAAGUUAUUAACCGAAAUAUGCUGGAACCCUCACAACACACCUUCGAUGACGCACAGCUUCAAAUUUAUACCUUAAUGCACAGAGACUCCUACCCACGGUUUAUGAACUCUGCUAUUUAUAAGGACUUGCUUCAGUCCUUAUCUGAAAAAUCCACUGAAGCAUAGAAUUUUUUCUUAAAUGUAUUUAUUUUAAAACAAACGGAACUCUGGGAUACACCAAUCCACAGGGAAUUUAGAAUUAAUCAGAUAUUUACCUGAAAAUAACUCAGGCAAGUUUUACUACAGACUGAAUGACUUAAACCCGCACAAGGCUCUGACACAAUCAGCUAACUUCAGUUUCUGAUCAAAUUCAGUGUUACUUUGCAAAAGAGAAUGAAGAGAAUGAAGAGAAAAUGUUGUUGUUCAAAAAACGCAGUAUUUUUUCAAACACAGCACGCAACUCAGAUGCAAAUCUGUUAUGACGUUAUGUCUGAGGUACAAAUGUCACCUGAGCACGAAAACUAAAUUUUAUUUUUAAGUGGAGUGUUAGAAUUUUCUUGAAAACCAAACCAGAUGCCCCAUCCACACUGUGACCAAAGUAAAAACAGUACUGUCAAUAUCUGGGUUACACUAGAUAAAGUUUCACAUAUCAUACCUGGUGCAGGUACACUCCACUUGUCUUGAUAUAUUUAAUGCAUAUACGGUGCGCUAAUGGAAAUCGGUAUGGCAAUCUCAAGUUUAUGAAAACUAAUGGUUGAAAUAAUGUUGCCUAUAAAAAUCUUUUGCUGAAGAAUUGUUAUUUUACUACUGCAGUCUGCUGAAAGCAUUUUUAAGUUCGUAUUGUUGAUGUUUAUAAAGUUAAAUUAUUUACUUAAGAGGAAGAAGAGUCUGGGCAUUUAAAUUCCAAAAUAAAGCACAAGAAUUCUCA